AUGUUUAUUAUCUAUCAAUUUACCUAUCACCCCCCUCGUUAUUAUCUAUCUAUCUAUCUAUCUAUCUAUCUAUCUAUCUAUCUAUCUAUCUAUCUAAUUAUGUUCCUUAUCUAUCUAUCUAUCUAUGCCUGUUCUUUAUCUCUCUAUCUAUCUAUCUAUCUCUGUUCUUUAUCUAUCUAUCUAUCUAUCUAUCUAUCUAUCUAUCUAUCUAUGUUCCUUAACUAUCUAUCUAUCUAUGCCUGUUCUUUAUCUCUCUAUCUAUCUCUCUCUGUUCUUUAUCUAUCUAUCUAUCUAUCUAUCUAUCUAUCUAUCUAUCUAUCUAUCUAUCUAUCUAUGUUCCUUAUCUAUCUAUCUAUCUAUCUAUGCCUGUUCUUUAUCUCUCUAUCUAUCUCUCUCUGUUCUUUAUCUAUCUAUCUAUCUAUCUAUCUAUCUAUCUAUCUAUCUCUGGUCUUUAUCUCCCUCUCUCUCUCUGUUCUUUAUCUAUCUAUCUAUCUAUCUAUCUAUCUAUCUAUCUAUCUAUCUAUCUCUCUCUGUUCUUUAUCUAUCUAUCUAUCUAUCUAUCUAUCUAUCUAUCUACCACAUCAAGUUUCAACAAUUAUCUAUCUAUUUAUGUACGCAUGUAUGUAUGCAUCUAUCUAUCUAUCUAUCUAUCUAUCUAUGUAUCACAGUCUGUUUAUUAUCUAUCAAUCUAUCUAUCACACCUGGUUAUUAUCUGCCUAUGAAUCUAUCUAUCACAGUCUGUUAAUUAUCUAUCUAUGUAUUUAUCUAUCUAUCUGUUAUGCUCUAAAGUCCGUUGGUUUAUUCUCCAACCAUUCGCUAGGAAGGAAGAGGUAG